CUUUAAUCCAACAAGGCUAAAACCAAAUACAAUGUAGUAAAGCAACAUUUAAGUCACAUAGAUGUAAGAUCAAAAAACUCAAAGUAAUCACCCAGAAACUUUUGCAGGCUCAGAUAGUGCCCACAUCUGGUGUGUGUGAAAUCCAUUUGGGCCACAUGUGGGCCGGAUCUGGGCCAACAAUGAUUCCUGUCUGGGGCAUAUUUGCCAUGCCAAAUGUAGGACAGCUUAGGCUCACAGCCACAUUAGCCAGUGCUUAUUGUGCCAUAUCUUUACCAAAACUGACCCGGGUGCAUCUUAUUACAGCUGGGCCGCAUUUGCUUCAUCAUAUGUGGGCCACUUCAGACUCACACCCAGAUGAACCAGUGCUUACUGUGCCAUGUUUUUGCCAAAAGUGUCCCGGAUGUGUCUUAUUACAGCUGGGACACAUUUGCUGCCACAUGUGAGAACCACAUUUGGUUUAUACCAAGAUUAGACCUUGUCUGUUGUGCUGCAUUUUUGCCGAAGGUGGCCCAUUAUUUGUUAUUUGAUAUUUCGGCCAUAACCACUAUUUGCCAGAUGGGCCAAUUUAGGUUCAUAUUCAGAUGACAUAUUACUGUGAGCAUUGAAUCUUUGCCUAAAAAGGCCCCCAUGUGAUUUGAUAUAUUUUUGUUAUUUUACGUAUAAGCCACUUUAGGUUAACAUCCAUUUUAUCUGGGCCAUAAGAAGGCCAGCACUGCCGCAUCUUUGCCUGAAGUGACCCACAAUCGCUUACCGUCUGGGUUCUUUCACUGCAUGAUUCAGUCAAUUAAAUGUAGGGCUGCCGCAAUAACUGCAAUUUCAUAAUACUGUGCUAUAGACCUUUUUCUUUGCUUCUCCAUGGAUGGCACCAUAGCAGUGAGUGACUUCCAGUAGAAUGCUUUGAAUUUCCGUUUACUGCUACAGCAACAAUAAUAAGCUAAGAAAUGCUGUUCUUCUUACUUAAGGAACUGUUUUCAUUAUACCAGUUAAGGCUAGCAUGUUAGUCAGUCUAUUCAAUGUUCUGUUGAGAGGAAAUGAGUAUUAUGUAUGUUAACUGACGGGAAUAAACCGCUACACACCUGAACGGCACUGAUUGCGUCAUGACGUAUGCGUCAUUGUUACAUGACCACACCCUUCUCUGAAGCGAUGUUUCACACCGUGCGCAAGGUAGGAAGCAAACAAGUUAGCAAAGAGCUCUUAGUUUUAUCAUUUCAGAGUCUGCAAUAAGGAUUUACUAGUUUCAUUUCGUUUCCCUUUAGGGACAGAAGCAGCCAAAUGGGAAUCUUGUACUCAGAGCCAAUGUGUCAGGCAGCGUAUGAUGAUGACAUCCACAAUUUGCAAAAACUGAUCUCAGCUGAUCCCAGAAAUGUAAACGUUCAAGAUGAAGGAACAGGAGACACGCCAAUCAUAGCGGCCUGUAGACGGGGAAACCUCAGGACUGUCAAAUACCUUCUAGAUUGCAAUGCAAAUGUGUCUAUUAGAAAUAAGAAAGAAAGAACCUGUUUGCACUAUGCCACGAGAAGAACAUUUUCCUUCCUGGACUACUUGAUGAUUGCCAUAUUAAUGCCUAUCUUGUUAAUUGGUUAUCUUAUAAUGGAAGAGAAGCAAAGGAAAAAUGUAAAAUUGAUGGAGCUUCUGUUGGCCGCUAAGGUGGAAGUAAAUGCUGUAGACUAUAAGGGGAACACUGGACUUCACUAUGCAUGCCAAAGAAAAAGUCAAAGAAUCAUUCCACUGUUGUUGGAGAAAAAUGCAGAUGUUUCGGUACAGAACAAAAAUCACGAAACCCCGCUAGAUAUUGCAAGGAGACUACAAUUCCACAAAAUUGUUACAAUGUUAACCAAAUCAAUGUGAGUAUUAAUAGAGGACAUGGGAGAAGAAGACCGUUUCAUGUGGGGUCCUUUACAAUUCACUCAAGCUGAGUAUAAGAUUGGGUUUUCACCAGUUAUCACAAUAUCUACACUUUGAACCGCACCUUGUUAUAAUUAAUAUAUUAUAUUAUAUUAUAUAUUAUAUAGCAUAUUUGACUAGAGCGUAUUUGUGUUGUUGAUAUUCUUCAUAUUGUAUACUGCUAAUUUAAUGUAUGUAUAUUCAGUUUUUAAAGUGUUAGUUUUUUUUAAUCACUGUAAGAUUUGGAUUGUGUCAAAUUGUUGGUUUAAAAGUAAAACCUCUCACUAAGUGAA